UUCAUUUAUUUUAAUUUACAAUUAUAUAUGUUGCAUCUCAUCACUAAAAAGAAGAGCUGUACUGUUACCGUCAAUUCAUGUAAUGAAACCCUAAGUCGCCCCUUGUAGCGUGGAAACCCUAGAUCGCCAUUUCUGUGUCGGUGUCUGUGUCUGUGUCUGUUGCGCCUGCUUUACUAGUUUAAACAUGACCACCAAACUAUUCUCCCUGUGCCGCAAUCUGUUUCUCAAAACGCCAUCCCAUUUUCGCUUUAAUUUCUCUAAUCUUGCACAGAAUGAUGUUAGCAACAGCAACGCCCCUUCAGAAAAUCUCUUCGUGCACUUCGUUACCACAAGAUUUAACAUAUCUUCAGCCGACACCACAAAAAUGUUGAAAAAGGACCCCUCAUUGGGGCGGCUCAAAACCCUGGAUAAGGUUGAACAGCUCGCGGACAUGCUCAACAGACACGGCUGCACCCAAGAUCAAAUUGCAAACAUUAUCAGAUUGCAGCCAUCGCUAAUGAUGACAAGUGUGGAAAGAUUGUUGGAGCCCAAGAUUCAAUUGCUAAAAGAUUUGGGCGUGGGGAGGGAAAAUAUACCCAAAAUUGUAUCUACGUACCCGAAUAUCUUGGGCUCUAAGCUGGAGACCCUUCGCACCAAUCUUGAAUUUCUCAAUACUGUAUUCCCGACCAAUGAUUUUCUGGUCAGAGCAAUUAUGAGAAGCCCCUAUAUUAUUGGACUGAACGUGCAGAAGGUUUUGAAACCCUCGGUUGCCUUUUGGAAGGGUUUCGGUUUUCAUGGAAUAGAGUUCAUCAAGUUUUUGUUGAUAAAUCCUUGGGUUUUGAUGCGCUGUUCUCUGACGCCCGAGCAACUUGAUUUCAUUCGCAAGAUUGGCAUUCAAAAGGAAAGCAAAAUGUACAAAUACGUUGUGAGCAUCGUGGCCAGGAGCCGUAUCGAAGUGUUAGAGGCCAAGAUAAAGAUUCUUCAGCUUUGCGGCCUCUCACCUGAAGAAGCCUGGGAAUUAAUUAGGGCUGACCCUUCAGUCCUCAACAUGUCAGAGGAACACGUUCAGAAAAAGAUGGAGUUUAUGCUCAAUCACAUGGGACUCUCUGUAGAAUUUGUGGCAAAGCAUCCACGCAUGUUUACAAUGAGUUUGGACAAGGUAAUGAGGCCCAGGUUUUUGGUUUUGCAGAGUAUGAUAGCAAUGAAUGGUGCAGGGGAGGUUAAUCCGACGCGACUUGGUACUAUGUUGAUGUUGACCGAGGCCAAGUUUGUCGCCCGGAUCAUAGAAAGGCACCCUGAAUCCGCUGCUCUGUGGACUGUUUAUAAAAAUGCCAUUCCUGAUGUCUCAAAACCCUCAAAGAUAAAGAGGUUUUCAGUUUCUUAGCAUUUGAUUUUUUUAAAUUUGUUGAACUGGGGAGACUCAAGUACAUGGUAGAAGGUAAUGGGCAUGCUAAAUGGUGGAGAUACUGGUUUGGACCCUGUUUUCCCAGAGAAGAUGUGGAAUGCACAAACUACUGCCCAUGAUUUGGGAUUGUAAUCAAGGUAUGCCUGUAAAUUGUCAGAUUUAUGUAAUGACCAUCUACUUACUUAAUUGAGUGUGAAGUUAUUUUGCGAUCUUUCAACAAUUAGAAGAUACAGAUGUUUCUUU